AUGCACGUGUUAACGUUACAAAACCAUCACCAUUCGAUUGCAGCCGAAAAUAUAACGCAGGACUUGGACCCGAGAAUCGUAAAUGGUGUAGACGUCGGGCCAAACGAAAUUCUGUUCCAGCAUGCAACCUUACGGGGUCAGGAUUGUCGCCGGAACCAAGAACUUGAACAACCCAUAUUCCGUGCACCAAGCGGUGAGGUUCGUCAUGCACCCGCAAUACAACCCAUCCAACAUUUGGAUCCACGACAUAGCCUUGAUCAAGGUGAGGGAGCCAUUCGUGAUAGGACCGCGCGUACAAAUCGGCGUGCUGCCACAAAGAAAUCAGUUUAUCCCGGAUAACGUGGCCGCUGUUGUGUCAGGAUGGGGCAGACUCAUAGAAAAUGGUCCGUCGACGAUGAUAUGCAAGAAAGUAACUCUCUACAUUACCAACCAGCAAACUUGCAGGAGAAUCUAUGGAAUUCUUUACGACACGCAAAUUUGCGCCAGCGAUCCCAGAGCUAUGAAAGGAUCAUGCCAGGGCGAUUCUGGUGGUCCUCUUACGGUCAACGGGGUAAUCGUUGGAAUCGUAUCGUGGGCAAGAGGAUGUGGCCUGCAAAACUUCCCCAGUGUCUACACUCGCGUUACUUCUUACAUCGAUUGGAUUUAUUCGAACGCUGUUUAAGUUGGGAAAACUUACGACUAACUGUUAACUAAGAGGAUUAACUAAUAAAA